CAACCAAUUUGAACCCACUUUUUGUAGAGCCGAUAUUUCAAGUUUUGGAUUGCUACCAAUCAGAGAAAGGAAAAGUUGCAAAGGAGUAAACAGAGAGAAGUAAAAGCUAAACAUUAAUACUAGAUGAAACCAGUCCACGAACCCCAUGAUUGCUCUCUUUAAUUCAAUCUCCAACCAUGGUUUUUGAUCAUCAGAUAAUUAUUAUAUUCGUCUUCUCUAUUUUAUUGGUAUCAGUUGGGGCUACUAAUUCAACUCAGUGUAAUCAGCACUGUGGAUUUGGUUCUAAUGGUCCGCGUGUUCCUUAUCCAUUUGGGUUCUCAGAGGGUUGUGGGAUUCGAUUAAAUUGUACUGAAAGUACUGGAGAGAUCAAACUCGGAGAAUAUCUAAUACAGAAUGUUACUUCAGAUACUCUAAUGCUCCAUUUUCCGAUAAAUUGUAGCCGUCCGAUUGAGGAUCUUCAUCAAUUGAAUGGAGUCAACUAUGUUAUGACUUGGAGAAAUGGACUUCUUCUACAAAAUUGUAAAGCCCCUAGAAGCGAGUGUACAAUACCAUCGGAACUUCUAAACAGGCGUUUGAACAUACAGUCAUGUGAUAUGAAGAAAGAGAAUGUUAGUUGUUAUUCAGAGGGGAUUGCUGAAUAUUUGGAUUACAAUAAACUGAGGAAUACAGGGUGUGGAAUUGUGGUUUCGUCUAUAUUGAUCGGUAUGGAUAAUUAUACAAAGAAGACUUCUUCCAUGUUUCUGGAAUUUCAAACGAUGGAAUUGUCUUGGGGAUUGCAAGGAAAUUGUGCAUGUGAUGAUGAUGCAAAUUGUACUAACGUUUCUCUUCCAGGGUACCCAAACGGUUUCCGGUGCCGGUGUAAAGAUGGAUUCAUCGGUGAUGGUUUUCGGAACGGUAAUGGGUGCCGGAAAGAUUCUAAAUGCAAUCCUUCAAAAUACCUCUCCGGCCGAUGUGGUGGAACUACAAAAAUUGGUGUGCUCGUUGGAGGGAUUAUUGCUGGAGCUGGUUUAAUGGCUGCUUUGGCUAUUCUCUGCUACUGCAUUCGAAGACGUUCUGCAUCUCUGAAGAAAAGGAUGAGCGCAAAACGCCUUCUCUGUGAAGCUGCAGGUAGCAACAGUGUAUCUGUAUUUCAAUACAAAGAAAUUGAGAGAGCAACAAAUAGUUUCUCUGAGAAUCAAAGGCUGGGAAUAGGUGCUUAUGGCACAGUUUAUGCUGGAAAGCUCCACAGUGAUGAAUGGGUUGCAAUUAAGAAACUAAGACAUCGAGAUCCAGAUGGUGUUGAACAAGUGAUGAAUGAGAUUAAGCUUUUGUCCUCUGUAAGCCAUCCAAAUUUAGUCCGACUCUUAGGUUGUUGUAUCGAAAAUGGUGAACAAAUUCUUGUUUAUGAAUUCAUGCCCAACGGAACUCUAGCUCAGCAUCUACAGAGAGAAAGGGGUUCAGGACUUCCAUGGACAAUGCGUCUCACUAUUGCAACAGAAACUGCUCGUGCAAUUGCUCACCUUCACUCAGCAAUGAAUCCACCAAUAUACCACAGGGAUAUCAAAUCCAGCAACAUACUUUUAGAUUACAACUUCAACUCAAAGGUUGCAGACUUUGGUCUUUCCAGAUUUGGCAUGAUGGAUGAUUCCCACAUUUCUACAGCACCGCAAGGUACUCCAGGUUAUGUGGAUCCUCAGUACCAUCAGAAUUACCAUCUUUCCGAUAAGAGUGAUGUGUACAGCUUCGGGGUGGUUCUUGUAGAAAUCAUUACAGCAAAGAAGGUGGUAGAUUUCUCUAGAGCUCACAGUGAGAUUAACUUGGCUGCACUUGCAAUCGACAGAAUAGGGAAGGGUCUUGUGGACGAGAUAAUUGAUCCAUUUCUCGAGCCACACAGAGAUGCAUGGACUCUAUCAUCAGUUCAUAGAGUUGCAGAGCUUGCUUUCAGAUGCCUUGCAUUUCAUAGGGAUAUGAGGCCUUCAAUGACAGAAGUGGCAGAUGAGCUAGAACAGAUCAGGCUCAGUAGUUGGGCAUCAUUGGAGGACAAUGUAUGUAUGACUUCAUCAGUGAAUUCGUCUUGCUCGUCUCCGCGUAGUAUGAGCGAGACAUCUUUUCGUAGUACAACAACUAAGAAAGGAGUUGGAAGUAGGAGAUUGAUCCUUCCACAGAAGAUAGCAAAUUCACUGACAACCAUGGAGGAAAUAAAGGAUAGUUCCCCUGUUUCUGUGCAGGACCCUUGGUUAAGUGAAGACAGUCCCCCUUCAACAAACAAAUUAUUAGGUAGUGCUGGUCGAUGAUGACUGGAAAACAAAGUCUGCUUUAGGUAGAAAACAGAGGUGAUCACCUGUAAUCUAUUAGUGCCACCUUUUCUUGUCUUCUGAUCUUGGUGACUAUGAGUAUGACCAAAGAGUAAUACAACAGCUCUUUCUGUCAAAAUUUGUAUUCGUUCUGCCGCUUUAUAGGCAGAAUUAUACAUUAUGAAGGAUGUGAAAUAGUGAUUGGAAAUGUCACAAGAAGAUAGCUCAGUAGCUAAGCAGUCGCAAUUUGUAUUGCAGUGCCAUGAAUAUGAAUCGUCUUUACCCA